UACCCCUGCCACCGCCGACACUCUAUUCACCCACACCCAUACCAGCACCUCUACCGCCAGCUUCUACAUCAGCCCCAGUAUCAGCAACCGCCUCAGGUUCGGCCUCUCCCGCAGCGUCAACUCCCUCCCUCCCCUCCACCUCAUCUACACCUGCAUAUUCCUCUGCACACGCACGUAUAUCCACCCCUGCGCGGUCUACAGCGCCUUACCGUCCAGGCUUCCAGCCUAAGGGUGUGUAUCGGCCCCGUACAUGAUGAAUUUGCUGAAUACCGGAAGAAACGUGCUGACGAGGGGCGGAUGGAACGAACAAAGCUAGAGCGCAGGCUAGAAAAGCUUAUCGCUUUGCAUUUCCCUGUGGAAAAUUCUGUUGAGAAGGGCGUGAGUGCGAGGAAAGAUGAGGUCGGUGUUAAUGGAAGAGGAAUGGAGAAGAGGAGGGCCUCGUCGUUUUUCAACCUCGACCUUAAGAAUAUGGAUGCGGGUGAACUGUGGAAAGGGGUAUUACAAAGUCAAAUGAUACAGGGCUCCAACGGUGAUACUCGAGCUGCAGAGCAGCGGAUAACACCGUGGCAGGAUGAUGCCGCCGUAUCUAAAUGUCCUCUAUGCAUCGCGUCCUUUCACCCACUUACGAACCGUAAACAUCAUUGUCGCCUCUGCGGUACCAUCAUCUGCAGUCUUCCUCCAAAGCUUCCGCAGCGCCAGAGCCCCUGUUCAGUGCUCUUCGUUGUCGAUGCCAAGACGAGGCGCAUCGAGGAGGUUGGGGAGGGCGUCGAUUACGGUGUGCGUCGUGCGGGCGCCGGUGAGGAGGAAAAAUUCCUCCGUGGCGUCAGGAUAUGCCGUAGCUGCAGACCUGUGCUCACGCGACAGCAGUAUUGGCAAGAGAUGGCGAGUGUGCCGCCGUUUGUAAGGCUCUAUGAUGCAUUUAUUAGUCUCGAGAAAGAGAUAGAGGAUGCAAUUCCGCAGUUUCAGGACCUGCUUCUCACACUCAGCAAUGACGACCAGCCAACUAAAGAAGCGUCCGCAGCACGGAAACGUCUCCUAGAUGCCUUUGCUCAAUACGAUGCUUUUGCCAAACGGAUACGUGCCAUUCCUUGCAAUACAGGGUCUUCCCAGAACCACGUGCAGCUCGCAGUCCUCAGCAGGGCGAACCUAUUUUUGCAGAAACAUAUGUUCCCAUUGCAGUCCCUGCCCAAGCCUAAGAAGCGUGAUUCAACGUCAUCACCUGUGCCUUUCGAGACACCACUUGUGGACCCCGAUUCAGACCUCGCUCAUACACUACAACCGCUUCUAGAACAAGAGGCUCUCCUCGAAUCCUUUGUCGGCGAGGCGAUGGCGCAUCGCAAGUUCGAAGACGCGAAGACGCUCAAGGCGAACCUCGCCGAAAUCAGAGCCGAAAUCGAUCGUAUGCUAGGUGAUGGUGUGCGGUGAGACGGAGACGCACGUGAGGUGAUUAUAGUUGGAGUGAUUAUAGCUAGUUGACGACUCGUUCAUGCACGCAAACAAAGCGCUAUCUCAUGAAUCUACCAUUACAUCCGUAUCCUCAUUUUUAUCGCUCUGAUAGAUCUUCUUAUGUUCUGGGACCCUCGUAUUUCACAUUCACAUCACCUUCAUGUAGGAUCCAGCAUAAUAUAGGCGUGGAAUUUUAAAAGCAAGAGACAAUACUAGUCGAAUAUGUAAUGUGAGAUAUUGGUAUGAUGAUGCUACAAUAACUGCAGGUAUGCUUCAUGCGUCGUGAGGAUGAAUCGUGGAUAUAACAAUUAAUCAAAGCCACCAGGGCUCAGCCUUCAUCACUCGUGUCCCGCAUACGAGGUAUAUUG